AUGCAACAGACCCUUAUGCCCCGUCACACUCCCAAUAGGGAAAUCUCCACCCUCAUUUUGAAGGCACAGCAGUCUGAAUUGAAAGAUGGAUCAGCCACAGUAUCGGAAUCUAGAAUUUCUGAAGGAGAUGCACUCAAAGUUAAAGAGUGGGAAGUGGGGAUGUUCCAAAAUGAAGUAGCUGCAAGUCAAGGGAUAAGGAUUAGGAGACGGCCUCCAAGUGGACCUCCUCAGCAUUAUAAGGACCUGGAAGUAUCACAGAUGAAGGAGAGAAAACCACUUUUUACGUUGAAGAAAGCACUUGACAAUGCUCCACCUGUUCGCGAUUUUAUUGGAGCUCUUAAGGCAGCAAAUUCACGAACUGGAUUACCUGGUCUGAUCGCUGAAGUGAAAAAGGCCUCUCCGAGUAGAGGAGUUCUUAGAGAAGAUUUUGAUCCUGUUGAGAUUGCUAAAGCUUAUGAAAAAGGUGGGGCAGCAUGCCUAAGUGUCUUGACAGAUCAGAAGUAUUUCCAGGGAAGCUUUGAAAAUUUAGAGGCCAUAAGGAAUUCUGGAGUAAAGUGCCCUCUACUGUGUAAAGAAUUCAUAAUAGAUGCUUGGCAAAUCUACCAUGCUCGAACUAAAGGUGCAGAUGCAGUUCUAUUAAUUGCGGGUGUUUUACCAGAUCUUGACAUCAAAUAUAUGACCAAGAUCUGCAAAUUGCUUGGGUUGGCAGCACUGGUUGAGGUACACGAUGAGAAAGAGAUGGAUCGUGUCCUCCAAAUAGAUGGGAUUGAACUUGUUGGCAUCAAUAAUCGAGACCUUGAAACAUUUAAGGUUGAUAUUAGUAACACAAAAAAGCUUCUCGAAGGUGAUCGUGGUGAAAGGAUCCGUCAGAAAGGGAUAACAGUUGUUGGGGAAUCUGGACUUUUUACUCCUGAUGAUAUUUCCUAUGUACAAGAAGCUGGUGUUAAAGCUGUGCUGGUUGGAGAGUCCAUUGUUAAACAGAAAGACCCUGCCAAGGGAAUAACUGAACUCUUUGGUAAAGAUAUCUCUUUAUGA